CACAGCCGAGUGUCCCUCCAUCAUGUCCGGCCUCCAGCUGUUCAGAGAGCUGGUUACCGAGCGGCUGUCGGCGGCCGCUGAGGAGAUUUUCGCGGCAUUCAAAAACACCCUCGCGGGCUACGAAGAGGAGAUCCUGCUCUCCAAACGGGAGAUCCACCGGCAGCGCGCGGAGCUGCAAACACUUAACAAAAUAAAGAUUAAAAAACGUUCAGACCAACCACAGCUGGCUCUCUCAGAGGACUUCCCUUCUGACCAGCACCAAGAAGAACACUGUGAGCAGGAGUGGAGCUCCGCACUGGACCAGGAGCCUCCACAAACUGAGAAAAGCCAGGAGGAUGAGGCGGAGGAGGAGGACACCAUCAAGGUCAUCUUCACUCCUCCGUGUGUGAAUAAUGAGCUGGACCAGGAUAAAGCAGAUCCUCUCCCGAGCACUUCCACGGUGGAGGCGGAGACUGAAGUUGAAGGCAGAGCGUACUCCGGCUUUUCUGCGGUGGAGAAAGACAACAGCACUGAGGAGUGGGCGGGCAGCGGGGGGUCUCAGAGCGAAGACAGCGACGAGGACUGGAGGAAAAGGAAGGCGCCUCGUCCGAUGGUGCUGAAACUGCACCCAGGUAAAAAAGCAAAAUCGCAAAUUUGCUGUAAAGUCUGCGGGAAGGCGUUCCAUGCUAACAUCUCGUUGGUGAACCACCUGAAGGUGCACCCGAAGGAGGUCUGCGGCGUGUGCGGGGAGCGCUUCGAGAGUGAGGAGAGUUUUCGAGAUCACCUGACAUCGCACGUGAAAGCGGAAGUCUGCGGCGUUUGUGGGAAAUGUUUCGGCUCCUCCAGCUCUUUGCAGACGCACAUGAGGGUCCACACGGGGGAGAAACCGUUUAACUGCAGCGAGUGUGGGAAAUCCUUCAACUGCCGCCAAAACAUGAUGCGACACAUCCGGAUACACACUGGGGAGAAACCCUAUCCUUGCACUGUGUGCGGGAAAUGUUUUAAUGACGACUCCACGUUGAAACACCACCUGCUGGUUCACGUGCACAAGAAGAAACGGAACCCAAAUAACGAAAGUGAAAAUGGUAAAGACAGUGAGGAUGAGAAGACGUUGACGUUACCAAAAAAGCAGCAGACUCGGACAAUAUGUGAAGUGUGUGGUGAAAAGUUUCGCUCCAUGAUUUCUCUGGUGAAUCACGCUAAAAGUCACGCCACGGACCUCUGCGGUGUUUGUGGGACGCACUUCGACUCUGAGGCAAACUUAAAACUUCACAUGAAAACUCAUAAAAGCGGGAAGGUGUGCGAGGUGUGCUUGAAGUGUUUCGACGGUCAGAAAAACCUGGAGAUCCACAUGAGGACCCACACAGGGGAGAAGCCGUUUCUCUGCAGCGAGUGCGGAAAAUCCUUCAACUGCCGCCACAAUAUGAUAAGACACACCCGGAUUCACACGGGGGAGAAACCUUACAUGUGCAACAUCUGCAGCCGCUGCUUCAGCGACCACUCCGUGCAGAAGCAGCACAGCAGCACGCACACAGGGGAGAAACCGCACCGCUGUGAGAUCUGCGGGAAAAGUUUCCACCGUAAGACGAACCUGAGGCUGCACAUGAAGAGCCACAAGACUGAGAAGUGACUGAUAAAUACUGUAAGGUGGUGUGUAGCAGAGUCCUGCCCGGGUCUCAUUUUCAAGAUCUGCCCCUGUACCGCAACGUUCAAUGGAGUGGUGCUGGGAUGACGUAUUUGUGUAGGUUGACCCUGAAGUUAGCAUCUCCCUGGUUCCCUCAACCAAAAGCCAAUGGGAUUUCUUUAUUGGAUUUUGCAUUAUUGCGGUAAGACAGAAGUUGACCUGAUAGAUAUUUAGUUUUACUAUAAGUAUUAUCCAACACCCACAAUCCUACCAGCAUUUUCCUUUUUUUCCUCAGACCUGCAACCAGAAAUACAAUUAUACAAAAUAUUUUUGUGAAGCUGAAAACAUCAUGUUGGGACAUAUUUGUGAAAUGCACUUGAAAUGAUUCCUUGGUUUAUUUGGACAGCAGAAGGAGUCUCACUCAGCCUGCCUCCGUUUUACAACCUCGGUUUCUUUCAUUUCUACAAACUAAAGGUGGCACUGAACCACAUUAGCUCUUUUGAUAAGCAGGUGCAUGAGCACAAUUAAAACCUGAGCUCAUAUAAUUGUGCAGUGUUCCCACAUGCCAAACCAGUUUCCUCCGCUUACAUCUGCAGAUGCCACCUUCAAUUCCAGUGUCAUUGUGCUGCUGGCAGGCACUGCUGUGAUGACCACACCCAAAAUGUAACACACAAUGCAAUGAAAACUUUAAAAAAUGCAAGAGGUGAAACGAAAGUUAAAUGCACCUUUUUAUAAAGUUUCCUCCCAAAGCUUGAAGGUGCUUAUAUCUUUGUUUUUUAGUGCAUUUACAUUCAAAUACAGUACAGUUUAUCAAUACAAGAAGAUUAAGUGAAAAGCAAUAGAUUAUUUCUCAGAAGUGAAGUUUAUUUUAAGCCUGUUAUAUGCUACAAUUCCUUUAUUAAUUUUUAGAACAAAUUGCCUGAGGAUAUUACUCUUGACAAAAUCAGUUCAUACUUCUAUAACCAUUAAGUGAAUCAUUCUACGCACAUUUAGGAUCUGUAAAAUCUGUUAUUAAUUGCAUUUUUGUUUAUACUUUUCUUUACUGGGUGUUGCAUAUAGUUGUGUAUGUAAAGCAAUUUGUUAAUAUUGGUUUAAAAAAACAACUACUACUGUGUCAUAAGGUAAUAUGUUUCAUAGAUUUCUAUACAAUCGGACUGCUCAAAGUACAGGGACCUUUGGAUGGGGCUACAUGUGAGCCCCAUGUGAUACAUGAGCUGUAUCCCAUUUAUUUUGUAUGUUUAAAUAUUUUUGAUACAAAGUAAAUUACUUUUACAUUUUGUAACUGUUUC